AUGGUAGAACUUACAAAGCUUCUCAACAGAAUACUAUCAUCCAAAGAAGCUCCUAACGAAUGGAGAAAGAGUAUAACCAUUCCUAUAUUAAAAAAAGGGGGCAGGAAAUCUCCAGAGAACUAUAGAGGUAUAACGCUUCUAAACACAACCAUGAAGCUUUUUACAAAAAUCAUUGAAACAACAUUAAAUGAACAUGUAAACACAUCGGAAGAACAACAGGGAUUCAGGAAAAAUCGAUCAACUAUAGAAGCCAUCUUCACAAUCAGUCAAGUAGUUGAAAACACUAUAGAAUACGACAAGCUCGCGUAUAUGUGA